AUUGUUUUUGGUGUGAAACAACGAAACAGUGCAAUGAAUACAAAUGGAAAUAUCCGAAUUGUACACUGGACGCUGUCAGAUAUAAGAACUGCUGGUGUAAGUUUCGAUUGUUUGAUCACUGAAAAACAAACAUUAAAUGAUGAUGGCCCGAAUGGGAAUGAUCAGUUCCAUCAAAUGUAUGGUGCUAUUCGUAUAGACAGUUCAAUUGAAAACGAAAUGAAUGGAACUUCAGUGAACUGGAAAGCGUUGGGGAUAUCGCUAUCAAUAGUCGGUGUUAUGGUGUUGAUAAUAGCUUGCUGUUGUUGUUGCUAUUGCUGUCAUUACUGCAAGAAGUGUAAAAGAAGAUGGACUGAAUACAAUUUCAAACGACAACGUGAAAGGGAAAUGGCCAAGAGGCUCGCCAUGGAGAAUCGACAAGAGCAACGUAGGAUGGAACGAAAGGCUCAGAUUGAUGCGAUCAGACAGAAAUAUGGUAAGCUUUAA